AUGGCUGCGAGCACCGCGGCGGCGCCGGCGCCAUGCUACGACGCGCCGGAGGGCGUGGACGUCCGGGGCCGGUACGACCGGGAGUUCGCGUCCAUCCUCACCCGCGACGCGCUGGCCUUCGUGGCCGGCCUGCAGCGCGAGUUCUGCGGCGCCGUCCGCUACGCCAUGGAGCAGCGGCGGGAGGCCCAGCGGCGGUACGACGCCGGCGAGCUGCCGCGGUUCGACCCGGCCACGAGGCUCGUGCGCGACAGGGACUGGACGUGCGCGCCCGUGCCGCCGGCCGUGGCCGACCGCACCGUGGAGAUCACGGGCCCCGCCGAGCCGCGGAAGAUGGUCAUCAACGCGCUCAACUCCGGCGCCAAGGUCUUCAUGGCUGACUUUGAGGACGCGCUGUCGCCGACGUGGGAGAACCUAAUGCACGGGCAGGUCAACCUGCGGGACGCCGUGGCUGGCACCAUCAGCUUCCGCGACACGGCGCGCGGGCGGGAGUACAAGCUCAACGACCGAACCGCCAAGCUCUUCGUCCGCCCCCGCGGCUGGCACCUCCCCGAGGCGCACAUCCUCAUCGACGGCGAGCCGGCCAUCGGCUGCCUCGUCGACUUCGGCGUCUACUUCUUCCACAACCACGCUGCCUUCCACGCCGGCCAGGGCGCCGGCUUCGGCCCAUUCUUUUACCUGCCCAAGAUGGAGCACUCCAGGGAAGCGAGGAUUUGGAACCGGGUGUUCCAGAGAGCCGAGAAAGCUGCUGGGAUCGAGCCGGGGAGCAUCCGGGCGACGGUGCUGGUGGAGACGUUGCCGGCGGUCUUCCAGAUGAACGAGAUCCUGCACGAGCUGCGCGAACACUCGGCGGGGCUCAACUGCGGCCGCUGGGACUACAUCUUCAGCUACGUAAAGACGUUCCGCGCCCACCCGGACCGCCUCCUCCCCGACCGCGCCCUCGUCGGCCUGGCCCAGAACUUCAUGCGCUCCUACUCCCACCUCCUCAUCCACACCUGCCACCGCCGCGGCGUCCACGCCAUGGGCGGCAUGGCAGCUCAGAUUCUGAUCAAGGACGACGCGGCGGCGAACGAGGCGGCGCUGGAGCUGGUGCGCAAGGACAAGCUGAGGGAGGUGCGCGCGGGGCACGACGGCACGUGGGCGGCGCACCCGGGGCUCAUCCCGGCGAUCCGGGAGGUCUUCGAGGGCCACCUCGGCGGGAGGCCGAACCAGAUCGGCGACGCCGCGGGGCACGAGGGCGCCAGCGUCAGAGAGGAGGACCUCAUCCAGCCGCCGCGGGGCGCGCGCACCGUGGACGGCCUGCGGCUCAACGUCCGCGUGGGCGUGCAGUACCUCGCGGCGUGGCUGGCUGGCUCCGGCUCCGUCCCGCUGUACAACCUGAUGGAGGAGGCGGCCACCGCCGAGAUCAGCCGCGUCCAGAACUGGCAGUGGCUGCGCCACGGCGCGGCGCUGGACGCUGGCGGCGUGGAGGUGCGCGCGACGCCCGAGCUGCUCGCACGCGUCGUCGAGGAGGAGAUGGCCAGGGUCGAGGCGGAGGUCGGCCACGAGAGGUUCCGAAAGGGGCGGUAUGCGGAGGCAGGCUGGAUCUUCAGCCGGCAGUGCACCACGCCAGAGCUGGACGACUUCCUCACGCUCGACGCGUACAACCUCAUCGUGGCGCACCAUCCAGGUGCUUCACCGUGCAAGCUCUGA